ACUCGUCCCUGUUACCCUUUCCCCCUGCUUCGUCCCCCGCUUCUUCUCUUUCCUCAGCUGAUCGCGUCGGAUCCGCUCCUCUUUGACCCCUUCCAUCUUCGUUGCUCCGAGGGGGAGACGAAGACGAAGACGAGGAGGAGGAGGAGGAGGAGGAGGAGGAGGAGGAGACGAAGAAGAAGAGGCGAGGCGAGGCGAGGAGAGGAGAGGAGAGAGGGGAGAGAGAGAGAUGUGGGUGUUCUAUUUGAUAUCGUUACCGCUAACCCUGGGCAUGGUGACGGUGACGCUGCGGUACUUCGCCGGGCCCGAUGUGCCGAGGUAUGUGCUGUUCGCCGUCGGAUACGCAUGGUUCUGCUCCCUCUCCAUCAUCAUCCUCGUCCCCGCCGACAUAUGGACCACAAUUAACGGUUAUGAGAGGGGUGGCAUUGCAUUCUUUUGGAGCUGGUCAUAUUGGAGUACAUUCAUACUAACCUGGGCUGUGGUUCCCACUAUUCAGGGAUAUGAAGAUGCUGGAGACUUCACAGUGAAAGAAAGACUGAAAACAAGCAUUCGUAUAAACUUACUCUUUUACACAAUUGUGGGAUCUAUUGGCCUUUUUGGACUUAUUCUGCUCAUUAUCAUGCAUCGAGACUGGAGUGGAAGUAUUGUGGGCUUAGCCAUGGCAUGCUCAAAUACAUUUGGGCUUGUCACGGGUGCAUUUCUUCUUGGCUUUGGUCUAAGUGAAAUUCCAAGGAACAUUUGGAGGAAUGCAGAUUGGACUCACCGUCAAAAGGUUCUCUCACAUAGGGUUGCGAAAAUGGCUUUAAAACUUGAUGAGGCCCACCAAGAUUUUUCAAACGCAAUUGUUGUUGCACAAGCCACAUCAAAUCAAAUGUCCAAGCGUGAUCCUCUAAGACCGUAUAUGGAUGUUAUUGAUAAGAUGUUGCAUCAAAUGUUAAGGGAAGAUCCAUCUUUUAAGCCUUCAGGCGGUAGACUAGGAGAAAAUGAUAUGGAUUAUGAUACUGAUGAUAAAACAAUGGCUGCACUUAGACGUCAACUUAGGAAGGCUCGGGAGGAGUACUACAGAUGCAAAAGUGAAUAUAUGACUUAUGUAAUGGAAGCCCUUGAACUAGAAGAUACUAUUAAGAAUUAUGAGCGUCGCGAUUCAAAUGGAUGGAAAUACGUUUCAAGUUUUAGACCAAGCCGAUCAGGCACACUAGGAUCCUUUCUUGAUAUUAUGGAAUUCUUAUGGCGUUGUAUACUUAGAAAACAGCUUCAGAAAGCCUUGGCUGUGAUGUUAGGUUGUAUGUCAGUUGCCAUCCUAUUGGCUGAGGCGACUUUAUUGCCAAGUGGGGUUGAUUUAUCUCUUUUUUCCAUUCUUAUUAAUGCUGUUGGAAAGCAGGAGGUCUUGGUCCAGAUUGCUGCAUUUGUUCCUCUAAUGUAUAUGUGCCUUUGCACAUAUUAUUCAUUAUUCAAGAUUGGAAUGCUGAUGUUUUAUUCAUUAACUCCAAGACAGACAAGCGCAGUCAGCUUGCUUAUGAUUUGCUCAAUGGUAGCAAGAUAUGCACCUCCUAUUUCUUAUAAUUUCUUGAAUCUGAUUCGUCUUGGCGGUAAUGCCAAAACCAUUUUUGAAAAGAGAAUGGGUAAUAUUGACGAUGCAGUACCUUUCUUUGGAAAGGGGUUUAACAAAAUCUAUCCACUUAUUAUGGUUGUGUACACCCUACUAGUUGCUAGCAAUUUCUUUGGACGAGUAAUUGAUUUUUUUGGAAGCUGGAAAAAGAUCAAAUUUCAAAGCGAAGAGGAGGAUAUGGAUGGGUUCAAUCCAUCUGGAAUGAUUAUCCUUCAGAAAGAGAGGUCUUGGCUUGAACAAGGAUGUAAAGUUGGCGAGCAAGUUAUUCCAUUGGCAAGAAAUUUUAACAGUACAACUACAGAUGUCGAAUCAGGAAACCCAUCCCUGGAUAAAAACAUAGUGGAGAUGAAAUUGACGCCUUCAUCCAAGGAGGACAUUAAAGUUGGUCGGUCGAAAAAUCUCAAAGAAGAGGACCAAAAGUACGGUAACAGCCGUGAAACUAUGUCGAACAAGUAUAUUGCUAUAAGAGAUCAGCAAAACAAGUCAUCCCAUUCAGGGUCCAAAGAGAUAUCAUCGACUUCUGUAUCUUUACUCGAGGGAGGCCAUUCUGAUAAUAAGCAGUCUAAUAGUUCAGUCGCCACCCCGUCAGCAGGGCUUGCCUCUACAUGGACAUCAAUGAAGAGCGGCUUUCAGAAUUUCAAAGCGAAUAUGGGAGCAAAGAAGUUUCUUCCUCUGCGGCAAGUUCAGGGCCAGGCUAUUCAUACUAGGGUCUCCUCUUCUGAGUCUCUCGAUGAAAUUUUUCAAAGAUUAAAGCAGAGACCAAAGGGCGGGAGUGGUGGUUCUGACAUUGUGGAUGAUGAUGAUGAUGUAGACGCAGCAAAUUCAGGAGCAGCAAGAUAGCAGACACAUUAAUUUUGGAUUUAGACUUAAAAGAUGAGUUACCACAGUAAAGAAUUCAUACUAUUGUGGGAAAAUUAAGAAAGGAAGAGAAGAGAAAAAAAUGUACAGAUCUUAUAGUGGUUUUGGAGGAUCUUUCUUUGCAUGAACUAUUGAAGAUAGUUCAUGAACGUGGGGGGUCUGUAGGGCCUCGUGUUUGGGGAUAGUAAGCUUUCGUCUCUGGAGGAAAUAUGCAUUCCUGUGUACUUCGGCUUUUGGCUGUUUUCUCCCUUUGUGUACUUGUCCUUGUGACUACAUUAAAUGAAAGGAAUAUAAUAUUACAACAAAGCGUGAUGAUUUUUUUUUU